AUGGCCGAUGAUACCAAUGAAGACAGCUGGCUUUAUGGCACAUCGAAUCCUGAUUCUACAACGAAUGAAGAGAAUGUUGAAGCAGCAGCCGGCAUUGGCGAUGAAAGACCGCUUCUUUCGCAAAAAUCAGAAAAUGAAGCAACCGCUUUGGGGGGAGCAAGUGAAGCAAUAGUGCCACCACUGGGGGGGUCUGCUGAUGAAGAGGAACCAUUUGGGGAAUUCGAAGAUCCAGCACAAGAAAUGGAAGAGGAUGAAGAAGCCGCAGCUGCAGCUGCUAGCACAGUGGCUGAUACUACUGAUGGCGACGAUGAUACGGGCGAAAACGCACAAAAGUCGAAAAGUUCGGAAGAUGGUGAGGCGAAUUCUGACGAUGACGACGAUUCCGACGAUGAUAUUAAUGUGGUAAUUGGUGAUAUAAAAGCAGCACCCAGCACGUAUAAUAUUAAGCAGCGAGCAAAUUUAUUGGGUGGACCACCAGGAUCAGUCCAAGAAAAGACCAAGUCUGGCGCGCCAGGCGGAAAAUUCAGUGUUGAAGACUUUGAAGGCGUUGGUACAAUAAACGGUGUUCCAGCACAUGAAUUUAGUAUUGAUUCCUUAGAAGAUAAACCGUGGCGAAAACCUGGAGCGGAUAUAACAGAUUAUUUUAAUUACGGUUUCAAUGAAGAGACCUGGCGUGCUUAUUGUGAACGACAGAAAAGAUUUCGUAUUCAAGAAAGUGGUGUUGGCUUGGCUAGUUUAACACAAAAUAUAAAUCAAUCUGGUGAAAGACAGCAUGACGGUCCUGCAAAUGGUGCGCCAAUUACCACAAUGACACAAGGGAUGGUGCCGGAUCAGAUGCAAUUGCCACCACCAGGAAUUUUGCCACCACCUCAAGGUAUGCAUCAUGGACCGCCUCGUAUGGGAAUGGGUAUGCCACGUGGACCAAGACCAAUUGUCAGUACAAACAGUAAAGAGAAUCCUAUCCAAGUAAUGACAGCUGAAUGUCGGGAAUAUUCACGUCCUGGUACGGUAUCACAAAUACCAACAAAUUUUGGUGCACCACCGCCUAAUGACGAACCGUAUUUCCCGGAACCCGAAACAUUUGACUAUGGUUAUGAGCCUACACAAGAGUCACAAUGGAAUAAUGAAAAUCCAAAUUGGAUGCCUUCAGGAAUAAAAGAGUUGACGCCCGGGCCUAGUAUGGCACCACCACCUGCAGCUGGUAUGGCUGGGCCACCUGGUGUGCCACCAAUGGGUGUCCCCCCACCACAAAUGCGGCAACAUCCACCGUUAUUACCUGGGAUGCCUCCACCAAAUAUGGCCAUGGGGCCACCUCCACCAGGUAUGGGCAUGAUGAUGGGUCCCGGAGGAGCACCACCAAUGAGAAUGCCGAUGGGGCCACCACGAAUGAUGGCUCCACAUGGUGGUGGGCAACCAAAUCCCGUUCUUAUGGAUCGCGAACGGCACGAGCGUGAGCGUGAAAGAGAGCGCGAAUAUGAGCGUACGGACCGAAGAGAUAGAGACAGGGAUCGCGACCGUGAAAGAGAUCGAGAAACCGAAAGAGAGCGGGAACGUGAACGAGAGCGAGAAAGAGAACGUGAAAGACCACGACGUGAACGUUCGCGUAGCCGUGAAAAAACCCGAAGACGAUCGAAAUCGCGUGAAAAAGAGCGUGAUCGCGAACGAGACAGAGAACGUGAACGUGAUCGAGAAUCCGAGCGAGAAAGGGAACGAGACAGGAGUGAAAAACUUGAUGACUCUGAUCGUGUUGUAGAUGAAGAACGUGAACGAAGAAGACGCGAUCGAGAGCGAGAUCGUGAACGAGAAAGGUCGCGGCGAGAGCGCUCACGUAGCCGUGAAAAAACUCGGCGCCGCUCCAAAUCUCGUGAAAAAGAGCGUGAGAGAAGCAGUAAAACAAGUAGCACAUCUUCAACAAAUCGUAGUGACAAGAAAAAAUCUCAUCGUAAAGAUAAAGAAGAAGAAGAGUAAAUUACAAUAUUCCGGUGUAGAUGUAAACAGCCUGUUAAUUAGAAAAAUAAAAUAUUAAAAGAACACCUAAUAGUUUUUGCCAAAUUAAUAAUUGUUCGAAAUUAGCAAUAAUAUUUAUGACAGAGCAAAGGACAUGGACUUAGAAAUAAUCAGAAUAAACGCUACAUAUAAAAUACAAGUUAA